AUGGGCGUCCCGGGGCUGGCCGGCUCCUGGGAACGACGGCCUGGCGGGCGCGCCGACGCGGGGAUGUGGCUGGCGAGACGGGAGCAGAGGCACGGAGAGAAGGGCUCCAACCGAGGCCAGGAGGGGCGGCGCGCGCGGGACCGGCCCACCAUCUGCGGCGAGUGCGGGAAGGGCUUCAGCCGCAGCACGGACCUGGUGCGCCACCAGGCCACGCACACCGGGGAGCGGCCGCACCGCUGCGGCGAGUGCGGCAAGGGCUUCUCGCAGCACUCCAACCUGGUGACGCACCAGCGCAUCCACACGGGCGAGAAGCCCUACGCCUGCUCCUACUGCGCCAAGCGCUUCAGCGAGAGCUCGGCGCUGGUGCAGCACCAGCGCACGCACACGGGCGAGCGGCCCUACGCCUGCGGCGACUGCGGCAAGCGCUUCAGCGUCUCGUCCAACCUGCUGCGCCACCGGCGCACGCACUCGGGCGAGCGGCCCUACUCUGCGGAGGUCUCCCCGGAGCCGGCAGUCCCCCGCCUGGGCUGCACUGACCUCCUGCAAGGAGGGCGCCGCAGGAGCUGGCGCUUCGCUUCAAACGGGCCGCGCCAACCUCCAGGCUCGCUGCGCGCACGAAUCCCAUCCCCAGCGAGCGGGCUGCCCGCCUGCAGCUGCAGCCGCCGUCGGGGCUGGGGCCCGGCCUGGAAUGGCUUUGCAGGUGGCGGGCUCCUGGCUCUAGCGGUUUCCAGGAACCCGGGGCGAGCGCUCUGGGCACAGACGAAAGAAGGCAGCGGCCACCAGUACUCAGACCCGGAACUGGGUCAGCCCGAGGCUGACAACCGGGAUGACUGCGCUCGGCGGAAGGCGCGACCGUCGGGCCAGCACCAGCAGAGGGCAGCGCUGCGGAGAAGCGAGCGCAACCCGCGGGCUAGGAACUCAAAACCUCCGCUCCCUUUCAGGCGCCGCUGCUGGGUUGCUGGCUCUGCUGUAAGCGGUGGGUUCGCGCCCGACGGGCGUACGCAGUCGGAUGGCUCUGGGCUCUGGGAACCUCAUCGGCGCUUGGGUCCUGGCUUCUCCAAAGAUUCGCUGGAGAAAAGAAGAGCCAGGGGCGCAGGAGACUACAAAGGGGCCCACUGCGUGCUGAUCACCCAAGCCCGGAAGCCAAUCUCGGAGCGCCCAGGAGACUAA